UCAUUCAUACAAAAUUCUUAAGCUACAACAAUGUUUCGCCUAGUGAAAAAUAAUGGUAAACUUAUACUUGUAGUCCUAGUACUUUUAGUUAUUUUCAUAUUUGUAAAUCGUGAUGCGAACGUUGUUGUAAUUGAGGAAAGUACACAACCCACUCUAAAUCGUUUAUUUAAUGUGCAGUCACCGAUUAGCAAUAAGCCCGAUAAAAUUUCUUCGUCAAAACAAAAUUUCUGGGUCUUAGACCAUAAAUGUAAAAUUCCAAGACUUGAUCCAUUUUCCGAGGACGUCAUGAACAUUUUUAGGCCCCCCAAAUUUAAGCAAUGUACAGAUCAGCCCGAUUUAUUUGCCGUUCGAUAUGAUCAGAAGGAGAAGCAAUAUAUCUUACAAUUCAAUGAGUCUCUGUUCGUUCAGCUGUUUCCAAAUAUUUUCGACUAUGGCUGUGUUUUUCAUGAGAUAAUUCAAGGACCAGAUGAUUCCCUUACCUGGAAAAAGAGAUCAAUUUUUUCCGGUGGGGAUUGGAUCGUACCUCGUUACGUUCAAGGUAUUGUAGUGGAAUGUUUUGAGAUGCGCAACAGAUCACGAGUCCUUCAUUGGGACGCAUUUUCAUUUGUCCAGUAUCCAGUCAAUUGCAACGAGAAGAGCGAUGAAGAACGCAGUCGGACCUAUCCUAGUGUUAUAAUGCUGGGCAUUGAUUCCAUGUCGCAGAUGAACUUUCAGAGAACAAUGCCGCUCACAGCUCAGUUUGUGCGUCAGCUGGGCUGGUAUGAGAUGCUUGGCUAUAACAAAGUCGGCGAUAAUUUGCUCCACAAUUUCAUAAUUUUAUUAACGGGUCGAUCACCGCAACAGUGGCUGUCAUUUUGCAAUAUAAAGAAGCCGGGCUGCCUGGACGCAAUCACUUUCCUCUGGGAUCAUUUUCGCAAUUCCGGUUAUUUGACAGCAUUUGCCGAGGACAUUCCCACCUUUACUUUCACUCGAAGACCGGUGGAUUAUUAUCUAAAUCCUAUAUUGAAAGCAUUCGAGAAGAUCAUGACAAAGGUCAAACGCCUUAAAUACGACUACUGUUUGGGCCGUAAACAGAGUUUCCGGUACGUUUUUGACUAUUGUCUUCAGCUGGUUCAGCGUUUUGUACACGAGACGCCAAAGCCCUUCUUUGGGCUCUUCUGGACGAAAAGUUUUAGCUAUGACGAUUUUAGUGGAGCGGCAAAUGUGGAUAAGGAUUUUGUGAGUUACCUUGAGCAGUUCAAGGAGCAUGGCUUAUUCGAAAGAGCAGUUGUCAUUCUGUUCAGCCUGCAUGGACAACACAAGGGACCCCUGAUGGAGCUGUCAUCAAGCUUUUUGGAAGAGCGAUUGCCUUUUCUACACAUUUAUUUACCUCCCUGGUAUCGAAAGCAGUAUCCAAAAAUCGCGCAUGCACUUGACGUGAAUCGUCGUCGGCUGAGCUCCACCGGAGACUUGCACCUAACCAUUAAGGAACUGCUCCUGCAGGUGCAUCCUGGCAUUUCCUAUCAGUUACAAUGCCCAACAUGUAAGUCAUUAUUUGAGGUUCUGCCCGCCAAUCGCAGUUGCUACGAUGCCGACAUUCCCAGUCAUUGCUGCAGCUGCGAGCCGCAUACCAGAGUGCCAAAGAGCGUUUCGGUGGAAGAAAUGGCCAAGUUAGUUGUAUAUCGCAUUAGGCAAUAUCUGAAGGUGAAUAAUUAUGAAGGGCAGUGUUACAACUUGGAGUUUAGGAAUUUAUUAAGAGCUGAUCGCAAGCAGUUCUUAGAUGUCAAUGGGAACGAGGUGGAGCCAUAUAAUGGAGUUUAUUCGUAUCGCUUGAGGUUUACAACACGACCAAAAGGUGCGUUUCGUGCAACAGUUUUAACCAAUCUGAAAGGUAAUGUCGUGAAAGUGCGCGAGGAACUGAUCGAUCGAUUGAAUUUCGAUCGAAAUGACUCUUAUUGCGUGAAUACACCCAUAGCCAAGCAGUUUUGCAUUUGCAGACCAUCGACCUAAAUAUUUAUCAUUUAAGAAAAGAGAUGAAGUAAG